CCUCGCCUUCCUGGUGCCUAGACGGUGGAACGGGGCCGAGCCCCUCCGCUCCGGUCUCCGGCGGACGGGAGGAGCCCUCCACUCCCGAAAGAGCCAGCUUGGGGGGGAGGGGGACUCCCCCAAGGGGGAGGAGACAGCUCCUGGUUGGGAGAGGCUCCUCCCCUCCUCCCCGGCGUCACAGGCAGGGUGUGGGGGGUGUGCCACCUUCCCCAGGUGGGACCCCCUUCCCCUCCUCCUCCCUCGGCUCCUCAUCCUCAGGGGACCCAGAUCCCCUCCCCAGCUCGGGAGGCUCAGCCAAGAACCGGAAGAGCCACAGAGGAUGAGACGCCUCAGCCGCCUUUGAAGAGGGGAGUCCCUCCGACCCCACACUCCAGUACCAGGUGGUUCCCUCCCCUGGCUGGGGGAACCUCGGAGACAGAACCCAGAAGAGCCAUGGCUUCUGAUCUGGAGAGCAGCCUCACCUCCAUAGACUGGCUCCCCCAGCUGACCCUCCGGGCUACCAUCGAGAAGCUGGGGAGUGCUUCCCAGGCCGGCACGCCGGGGGGCAGCCGCAAGUGUCCGCCAGGCUCGCCCACAGACCCUAACGCCACGCUGAGCAAGGAUGAGGCGGCAGUCCACCAGGACGGCAAGCCACGCUACAGCUACGCCACCCUCAUCACCUACGCCAUCAACUCCUCCCCGGCCAAGAAGAUGACCCUCAGCGAGAUCUACCGCUGGAUCUGCGACAACUUCCCCUAUUACAAGAAUGCUGGCAUCGGCUGGAAGAACUCAAUUCGGCACAACCUUUCUCUCAACAAGUGCUUCCGGAAGGUGCCCAGGCCCCGGGAUGACCCUGGGAAGGGCUCUUACUGGACCAUCGACACUUGUCCCGACAUCUCCCGAAAAAGGAGACACCCACCAGACGAUGAUCUAUCCCAGGACUCACCAGAACAGGAGGCAAGCAAGAGCCCUCGGGGAGGCGUUCCAGGGGGCGGAGAAGCCUCACUGCCUCCAGAAGGGAAUCCUCAGAUGUCGCUGCAGAGCCCCACAUCUAUCACCAGCUACAGCCAGGGCACAGGAUCUGUGGAUGGUGGAGCUGUGGCUGCAGGGGCUCCAGGCCGAGAAAGUGCUGAGGGCCCCCCUCCCUUGUAUAACACCAACCAGGACUUCAAAUUCUCCUACUCAGAGAUCAAUUUUCAGGAUCUGAGCUGGUCCUUCCGCAACCUCUACAAAUCCAUGCUGGAGAAGUCCUCCUCCUCUUCUCAGCAUGGCUUUUCCUCUCUCCUGGGGGACAUGCCACCCUCUAACAACUACUACAUGUACCAGCAGCAGCAGCCGCCUCCUCAACAGCAGCAGCAGCAGCAGCAACAGCAGCAGCAGCAGCAGCAGCAGCAGCAGCAGCAGCCGCCACCACAGCCACAGCCCCAACAGUCACAGGCACAGCAGCAGCAGGCACCAGCCCAGGGCCCCUCAACCGUAGCGGGUGCUCCUCCACUGCACACCCCAAGCCCAGAUGGAUGUACCCCACCGGGGGGCAAGCAGGCUGGGGCUGAAGGCUAUGGGCCUCCCUCUGUGAUGGCCAUGCAUCCACCCCCACUGCAGCAUGGAGUCUUCCACCCUCAUCAGCACCAUCCCCACACCCACCCUGCCCAGCAGCCGCCGCCUCCGCCGCAGCCACAGGCACAAGGCCAGGCUCCUAUCAAUAGUACUGGUUUUGCCUUUCCUCCUGACUGGUGCUCCAAUAUCGACUCCUUAAAGGAAAGCUUCAAGAUGGUGAAUCGGCUCAAUUGGUCCAGCAUUGAGCAGUCACAGUUCUCAGUGAACUCUUACGGGCACCCACAAGCCCCGCACCUAUACCCUGGCCCGUCUCCGAUGUAUCCAAUCCCCACCCAGGACUCAGCAGGAUACAAUCGCCCAGCACACCACAUGGUCCCCCGGCCGCCGGUUCCACAUCCUGGUGCCAACGAGGAGAUCCCCGAUGACUUCGACUGGGACUUGAUCACUUAGUGCAUCACAGAGUGUGACUCUCAGCCCAGGGCCGGGCGGUGAAGCCUGGCAGUGGGGAAAGAGCAGCCCCAGCCCAUCCCUUCCCCCACUGCCUGUAUAUAGAUAUAUAUCCUCUUGUUUUUGUUCUUUCUCUGUCAGAGAAAUCACCGCAAGAUGCUGCCGAAGAUAACCCCUUUUCCCUGCCUCCUUCCUCCUUCUUCUUGUUUCCCCCCUGAUUCUUUUAUUCUUAUUAUGUUACUGUUAUGCGUAUUGGUUAUAUGCGGUCCCCUGUCUCCCAUCUCUAUACCAUCAACCAUGUGCACCCCUUGCUAAUUUAAAGUCAUCUGGCUGGAAGGCGAGGCCGUGAUAGCUGCAGAGAAAGGUUUCCAACUCGGAUUUACCUUUCACUCUGAGACGUUCAAUGCUGACCUUACCUUUCGACCUUAAAUUGUUUUCUGUUCCUGUCAGUUCAGUCCAGGACUGGAAAGGCCACAUUACCAAGUAGAAGGACCUCAGACACUGCUUGGCAGCCAGGACUUUGCAGGUUUUACUCAAUGGUGCUAAUUUUGGCCUCUGAGCUCUUCCCUGUCCCUUCAUAUUUUCAGUCCUUACUUCUGUUGGUCCUCAUUCCCCACUAAGGGUAAGAGUGAUGGUGGUGGUGCCCAAAGGUGACAGCAGAACCCUGGUGGAAUAGGAGGCCUGGGUUGGGUGGUGUAGAAUACUGCAGCGGGGCAAUGAAAUGUAAAACAUCCAGCGAUCUUACCUAAUAAUAGACAAACAUGUAAAUUGACCAUACCUCCGCUAAGCCACCAGACAGUCAGGAGUGAUAUGCAAAAUAACCCAACAAAAGUGGCCGAGUGACGGGCGGGAUGCUCAGGGACUCUGGGCAGUGUCGGAAGGCGGGGUUGGAGCUGGAAAGAGGCAGCUCCGGGGCCUGAGUGGAAAGGGGCUGGGCCAAAGUGGAAAGAUGGUGCCGGCAUCCAGGGAAAGGAAAGCCCAUUCUAGCACGAAUCUUCGUGCAUCAUGCUUCUAGUUGGUAUAUAAUACUCUUAUCAAAUCAACAUCCAUUGGCUUGUUCCUAAGCCAUUCUCGAAGGGGGUCAGAACUCUGUUGCUAUGUAGGAAUGAGGACAACUAUUCAGCAUAGGCUCAGCUUUUUGGAGAUGUUUUCAGUGUAACCGUUUUGGCUUUUGAAACAUUAAAAUUUUCUCUGGAAAUGUACUGUGGCUCUUACCUGCAUUUACAGAUUAGUCUUCCAUCCUCUUUCCCACUCAGCAAAUACUAUGUUGUCUUCCUUUUGGUUAUUGGUUCAACUCCCCUACUCACCUUAUUUUCUCCCCUCAUUUUCUGGCAUUCUCAUGAUAGAAAAGUAACCCAUUAUCACUCUUCGUGUCCUCAUGUCCCAGGACAGGAUGGGAAUCCCUUUCCCACCGAUCAUAGCUGAACCAACCUGAAUUGGUGGUAGGAGGGUGGGCGAAGGAAAAUGGAGCUGGCAUCGACACAGGAAAGAACUCUUUCAAGUUCUUUCAUUAUAUAGGCAAAUGCUCUGUUGGAAUCCAGACCCUUGGGGCUGUAACGUUUACAGUGGCCUUUGGAGGGGGUGAAGGAGCUUGGCAGCGUGGGGUAAAUAAUCUAGAAGGAAGAGUUCAAUGAGAGAACCAAGGGAGACCCCCUCAG